CUGCUGCUGGCGGCGGUGAGCGAGGACUCGUCCAUGCUGCAGGUCCAGAGGGCCGUUAGCGCGCUGAGCGCCGCGGGGCUGCCGCCGCCCGCCCGCGAGGUCAUGGCCGCCAUCACGGCGCGCAUCAACAAGGAGGACAACGUCAUGGCGAUCAUCUUGGCCCUGCAGACCGCCUCCCGCCUUUCUGAUAAGGCGGAAGUCGGGACGGUUCUGGAGGAAAUUGAGGACCUGACGGCCCGUUUGGAUGACAUCGGGGGCGUGUUUCUGCAGUUCGAGGAGGGCCUGGAGGCCACGGCCAUGUUCGUGGCGGCCGCCUACGGCCUGUCCGACCACGUGGAUGUGGAGCCCGCCCUGAAAGAGGUCCGGUCUCUGCCCGAGGGGGGUGGGGGGGGGAAAACUGGUCCUGGAGGUUGUAGAGGUCUCCCUGGUCAGGGUUUAGUUUAG